UGAAAAAUCAGUCGCAGGCGUAGCGCUCGCGCUGUGGCACCAAUCGCGCUGGAUCUGACAAGAAGGCCUUGCAGCCGCCAAGACCUGCGCGCGGGACCAGCAUGGCCGAGGACGAGGACGUAAGCGACUCAGGCAGCACAGCCAGCUCCAGCCGGCCACCCUCGCCGCGCGGCCAGUGGUGGCCCGAGCGCGCGCCGGCGCAGCAGCUGUCGCCGGCGUCCGUCGACCACCUCGCCCAGGCUGAGAGCUGGACGGCCGGCGCCGCCGCGCGCGUCGCCGCGGCGCAGUCGAACCGGCGACGCGGCGCCGGGCCCACGGUCUACCUGAACGUCUACGACCUCUCGAACGUCGGCGGCACGGAUCUUACGGGUACGUUAGCAUCGCUGAACCGCACGCUCAUGCGGUCCUGGGACGUCGGCUUAUUCCACGCGGGCGUCGAAGUAGCAGGUGUAGAGUACAGUUAUGGCUACUGCGAGGAGGGCACGGGCGUCUUCGCCUGCGAGCCGCGGGACGCGUGCGGCGCGAAGUUUCGGCAGGCCAUCCCCAUGGGCCGCGCGCCGUCCGACGCGCGCAUUAUUGAGAGAAGGCUCGCGCGGCUCGUGGCGACGUGGCCGGGCGACGCCUACGCCUUGCUGCAGCGCAACUGCUGCCACUUUUGCGAUGCGUUGUGUCGCUCGUUGGGCGUGGGGCCCAUCCCCGCGUGGGUCAACGGCCUGGCCGCGUCCGUGCGGGGGGCGACGGAGUUCUCGCUCUUCGGCGCAUCGCAGGCGCCGUCUCAAAGGGUCAAGCCCUCGGUCGCCGUCGAUGUCGACGACGCCGCGUCGGACGCGUCGUCGCAGCAGACGGGCACGACCGACGACGGCGAGCGCGCGGAGACGGACGACUCCUUCGACUCGGACGCGUCCGACCGGCGGCCGCCGCGCUGGUCCGUCGACGUGGGGCCCUUCGCGCUGGGGCGGGGCUGGGCGCCGGCGCCGACGCCGUCCGAGGAAUUGGGACGGCGCCACACGUCGCCCGAUAGACCAACGGUGCGUCAUACAAACGGCGCGGCGCCGGGCGACGGCGUGAGCGACUCGUCGGAGACGGACGAGGAGGCGUCGGCGAUCGCGCGGUGGCUCACGUAUCGCAGGUCGGUUGAGGAAGAAGAGCGGCGGACGUCUGCUAGGCCCAUCGUCGAGCGCGCCGUCGCCGAGGAACAGGCCGUCGAGACUCAUGUAUAAUAUGUUCUAAUGUACCCAGGC